GUCCACUCGAUGACACGUAACCUUGACACAAAGUACGCAAAUCCAAGUCCCGUCACAACCCAGCAGCCAACCAGGGCUGUUCACGUUGUGUAUGGCUAGCAACAGGUGUUCGAAAAGUUCAUGCUACGUCAGCGUAACUUCAUAAGUCAGUAAAGGGUAAAGAACCGCCCGAGAUUGGUCGCAGGAGGAUCUUCCAGUGUGUCCGUUCGUGAGUCCUUAUGGUCUAAACUAGUCAUCUAAGGGAAUCUGUGCAUUCUGCUGCAAUGGACGAAGGGGGAUUCGACCUGUGCGAAUGCAUCUUUAGCCAUGAGCAGGCGAUGCAACGGCUCAUAUCUCUGUUACGGAGCACCCAGUCAGCCUGCACAGAUUCUGAAUGCUUCGGGGAAUUUCCUCAGCUGCCGUCAACCCCGAAUGUUGGCUCAAACUUCUAUCUGCUCCUGAUUGGAUGGCUGGUGCUCGCCAUGGCCUUAUUCUUCUUGCGUCCCAGCUCUCUCCGAAGGCGCAGUGGUGAUGGAAAACCCGACAGGCAGGGUCCAAGCAACCAGCCGCCUCCAGGUGGACCUGUGCUGUGAAGCCAGUUGAGAGCUGGCCCAGAAGAAAAUGGCCCGCUGACCCACGGACAGAGAAAUUUCCAGAACCACAUAAAUAUGCUGCCAGUACUAAUAUAUACAUGCAACAGAGAUAUGAGUAAUGUCUGUAAACAUACAGGGGCAUUCGCCAACAUGUACUACAAAGUACCUUCCUUCACACGACUAGAUGUUCCUGUUAAAAGUUGUGCAGAUUGUUUUCCAUGGUACAUGGUGGUGAAUGCACUAUGAAAGAUUUGACUACCCACGGUGCAGUGACAUUCCCUCUUCAUUUGUUCGGUACAUUGGGAUGCUUAGGAAUUUUUAUUUUAUACGCACAAACAUGUACACUUUGGGUUUUUGUUUCUAGUUGCAAUAAAAUGGCACUGCAGAUA